UUUUUUGAAGUCCUAAUUAAAAUUAAUAUUAAUGGUGAUUUUUAUUGUGAAAUAUGUUGGAAGGACUUGUGGCCUGGGUUUUAAAUAAUUACUUGGGCAAAUAUGUGGAGAAUUUGAACACAGAUCAAUUGAGCAUUGCUUUGUUAUCAGGUGAGGUCGAAUUAGAGAAUCUCCCGAUAAGAAAAGAUGCCCUAAGACUCCUCGGGUUACCUUUACAAGUCAGAGCUGGUUAUAUAGGUCGUGUCAGACUCCAAAUUCCAGUCAGACAAUUCAGAUCAGCCCCAUGGGUGAUACUUAUCGAACAAUUGAAUGUUGUUGCUGGACCUAUCAACUUGGACGAGUGGGAUGACGAGUUUGAGAGAAAUGCCUCAUUGGAACGUAAGCUCAAUAAAUUGGAUGCUCAUGAGUCCCGAUGGAGAGCGGUCCGAGAUGCAAAUUCCUCUGCAGGAAGACAAGGAGCUUCUGGAUCAACUGGAUACUAUGCCUCGAGUUACUCAUCCUGGUUGAGUUAUGGGGCCAGUUUUGUUUCAGGGAUUGUGGAUAAUUUACAAUUUAAAAUCCGUGACAUCCACAUAAGAUACGAAGACUCUAUAUCAAUUCCUGGACAAAUAUUUGCUUGCGGGAUAACAUUGGGAUCCUUAAACACAAAUGGAGCAGUAAGUGACUUCUCAUCAGCUUCCAUAAACGUCAACUACAAUGUCAACUCUGGUACAGCAACCUCACCAGGAGCUGCAGGUGGUGGCAAUGGUGCUAAAACUAUGGAACUGCAGGCUUUGGCCAUCUAUUGGGACGCGAUUGAGGAGACUGAUAUGCUUGGGAAUAGAACUUUGGGAGAAUUAGCAGUUUCUUUAGAUUCCAUAAAAUCCCAUCAGUAUGUCCUCAAACCUGUGCGAGGCAGAGCACAAUUGGGUAGAGAGACUCCAAAUCUAGGGGAUUUCCAAGCAGGUGGUGAUAGACCUUCGAGUAGACCAAGACUUGUUUGUGAUUUGCAGCUUCAUAAAGUUCCAUUGGUUCUUGUUGAUUGGCAGUAUGAGCAGUUAAUAAAGUGCGCACACGGUUUGGAAAAUGUGGCCAAGAUACGUAAGAAUCGUUUGAGCAGACCAGGAGUGCUGGUGAAAGAUAGUCCUAAAGCAUGGUGGCUGUAUGCUCUUAAAUGCAAUGGUCAUGACUUCUAUCGUCCAACAUGGGAAGAAUGCCUAUCGUUGGCGCGAGACAAUAUCAACUAUGUAGAUUUAUACACAAAAUUGUUAUUAGCACCAUCCUGCACAUUGCCUUUGGAGCAGAAGCAACUGAAAGAUCGAAUGGAGACAAUGCUCACUUUGGAUAAAUUGAAAGCUUUAAGAGAGGUGGCCAUGAGUCGAAUACCAGAAAAAUCAGAUGAGUCCAGGAACACAAACAGUGGCAGUGGUUACGGUGUGUUGUUUCAAUGGUUUCCACAGUACUGGGGAUGGUAUGGCAGUAAUUCUUCCUCCAAAACAUCAUCAGCUGAAAAUGAGGCUUUGGUCCCAUCUACCACAUCUGAUAACACUUUGGAUGCAGAGUUGCUGAAGGCCUUGGCAAAUGUACGAGAUGACAGACAGAAUUGUCAUGUUGUUGCCCAGUUUGAAUUCACUCUUGAAGAAGGAACUUUUAGUAUUUGCAUGGGGGAAUCUUAUAGCAAAAGUGUUCCAAUGCUUGAGUUACAUUUUGAGACUGUAAAAGUGUCUGUUGAGACCAGAUCAAGGUAUGGUUCGUAUCAGGCAAAGUUGGCACUGGGCAGUGUUUCCAUUUUGGACAAAAUUACCAAGAAUACUAUUUUUCCAGUUCUUGUAUGCCCUCAGGGUAAAGACAAUGCUCCACUGCCUAGGAUGCGUCAGAUGUCUCAAAGAACGCAUCGCAUCUCGGUAACGCAACAGCCUUAUAUUAGUUUGGAGAAAACCAACGAGCCUUUGUUUUCCUUGUGUUUUGAGCGUAAACCUCUUGGUCAAAACACAGAUUACAGCCUGAAAAUAAAAUCUCAAGCCUUGGAUAUUGUCUACAACAAAAGUGCUGUUCAGUGGUUAGUCGACUUCAUUUGUAAACCUCACCAAAUGGCGGCAACGAGACGGAGAAUCAACGAUAUGAAAUUGAGAACCAAGCAGGAGUUGAUGAAAAACUGGGAGCAGUUGUUGGAAGGUGAUCUUUCUGAACGUAAAGACUGGUUAUUAGAAUUAGACAUAUCAGCUCCUCAAAUUAUUUUUGUUGAGAGCUUUCUGGACUGUGAUACGUGCGUCGUUGUAUUGGAUUUUGGACGCUUGGUCUUGUCCAAUAAGCAAAAUGAAGAACUUGAUAAAAAUCAAGAUGAUCCUUAUUACAAUCGCGAUAGUGAGGAUGAAGAGAUGUUUAUGACACCUUGUUCAACACCACCAGGAAGUGAAGCCAGUGGAUCUGAUAGUCCAACUUUAUGUUCAAAUGAAGAUUCUUUAAAAUUGUCACCUGAGAAUCUGAUGAUGUUGAACCAGAAUACAUUACAUAAUAGGAUUUAUGAUAAGUACAAUGUGGAAUUUUUAGAUUUGCAAGUUUUGGUUGGUCGAGCUACAGACAAUUGGAGUUUUGCUCAUACCAAAGGAACUUCACCAUUGCACGUUUUAGACCGAUUCAAUAUAACAUUCCAAAUUGAACGUAGGUUAGUCCACACAGUAGAUCCACAAUAUCCAAGUCUAAUAGUGAGCGGUACUCUGCCAAGAUUGGUUAUGCAUGUAGCUGAACAAAAAAUAUUCUCUUUGAAAAAACUGCUGGAUAUUUUAGAAAGCGAAAAGGCAGACUCACCAUUCAAAAGCCCAACAACAACAGAUGAUAUACUAAUGCAAGAUACAUUACCACAUUUCGAUCAUGCCAAGGAAUCAGCAUCAAAAAUUAUAACACUGCAAUUUUCAGUUGAACAACUUGCAAUAGAAGUCCAAUCUCGUGGUAAAAGUGUAGCAGAGUUGCAAGUAACUGGAGUCAGACUAGGUUUCACCAAGUGCUCUACAGAAACCAGUGCUACUUUAUUAGUGCAUGGAUUGUUGCUUGUUGAUGCCUUGCAAACUUUUGGACCAGAUUUCGAGCUAUUGGUGGCCUCACAUAAACACGUGGGCAUGGAUUCUGUGUCAGGCAGUUUACGAGAUAGCGAUCCAUGUUCACCAACUUCUCCUGCCAGUCCUGAUCCCAUGAACGUCGCUCGAAGAGCCACCAGUCCUCAUCAGUUGUCGCAAGCAUUGAGUAGCUUGAGACAAGGACAUAUCUCACCAGUUAUGGAGACAAUAUUAAAUAAAUCAGACACCGAAGCGCUGAUUGUGAUUGAAGUGUUGUAUGUGAAUGCUACUGAAAGCGAAGAGGCUAUACAAAUAGCUAGUAUACAAUUUAAUAAUUUAGACAUCAUAGCCAAUCAGGAAACUAUAGUUGAGUUGAUAGGCUUUGCCAAUAGGGUGUUGCCAAAGUUCCAAUCAGGAGGUGCUAUGAAAAGCUUUACAGCAGAAACCAAAGAUAAUCUAGUCAACAACACGAGAGCUGAGAUCACAUUUGAUUUCCACAGACUGAAUGUGUUAGUCUUAAGAGCUUUAUUGAGAGACGGUUGUUACAUUGGGAGAAAAGUUGCAACAGCAACAAUGUCUGAAGCCAGAAUACAUGCAACUAUUGGCACAGGAGUGACUAUUGAAGGAUCUCUAGGAGGCUUGCAAGUUUUAGACCUGACUCCUACAGGCAUAACUCAUCAGCGCGUCUUGAGCGUUGGUAAGGAUCCUUUAACAGAUCCUGAAGUUUUACCUCAUACUGGUUGUAAGGAGGCUUUGUCCUUUCGUAUUGAGCAGAAUAAAAUUGACAACAACCAGGUCACAGAUUUGCAUAUUAAAUUGAGAAUGGGUAGUGUGUGGUACACGUAUUCCCCGCAUUUGUUGAUGGAGAUUAAGAUGUGUGUUACUGAGUUCCAGACGUAUUUAUCAGCGUUGGCACAUAGCAUCAAAGCUAGGGCUACGGAUAUGGCGAUAAAUUUGGUGCAGGCCCGAAUGGAUUCGAUAACGCACGAAACUUAUUUGAGCAUGGGACAGAAGACCUCGCCUCAAUGCACAGAAUGCAACGUUUUGAUAAAUUUGGAUAUUGUUUUAGAGACUCCCGUUUUAGUUUUGCCAAGGGCACCAACAAGUCCUCAUGUCUUUGUGGCACAUUUAGGAAGAAUUUCUUUAUCCAACACACCAAAUUAUACCAUCGAAACGGUUCCAAGGAAAAUUUAUAAUGCAACUUUUGAUACCUAUGUGAUAGAAGUCCGUGAUAUGAACUUAUAUUCUCUAGAUACAAGUGAUAGACGCAAUGUGAUGGACCAUGGUACAAUCUUAAAAGCAGAGGAGUUGUAUUGCUCCAAAGGUGGUUUACCAAUUCUGCACGACACCACUAUUAAAUUGGAAAUAGCACGAGAGCUUCCUGAUUUGUACAAUUCAAUGGAGCUCUUAGACGAAAAGUUUUCCAGAGACUGUGUCCAUGUCAACGGAUGCGUGGUGACGCCUUUACGAGUGUCUUUAUCACGAGAGCAGUACGAACAAUUAUUGGACACUGUAGACAAUUUGACCAGCAGUCCUAAAGACUUCCAAAGUACCAGGUCCCAAGAUCAAGUCGAUUCCAAAGCAGUAUCAGGCGAACCAAGAAGAAAUAUGUUAGAUGCUAAAGUUAAAUUCGAGAUGCCUUGUUUGACUUUGGAGCUACGCGGAGAUUGUGGAACAGGUCAACAAGGUCUGGUGGAAAUAUCCUUGCGAGAUUUCAUCUUGAAUUACGAAAAGUGUCACGAUUACGAAACGAAUAUUCUGGUGUCGUUACGUACUUUGGUUAUGGAAGAUUUGUUGAAGGAACCUGAUAGCAAAUAUAGAUACAUGAUGGUGUCCAGUACAUCAAAACAAACUUGGCAGCCUAGUUGGUUCGUAUCACGCUCAUGUCCUAAUUUCAUACCGAUAUCAACAGGACAACUCGAUGAAAUUCCAAGAGGUUCCUUGCCGGAUCAUUUGGAACCUAAACGGACUUGCCGAAAUCCAUCGUUGCAAAUGGACGUGUGUCCAAUUACGCCUCCGUCUUCACCGAAAUACAAAGAAUCAGAUAUGCUUGUGAAAGUAUCAGCUUUACUAGUCGAUGACGCCAGUCCAGAGUUUACAACCAAGUACAGAUCUUUGCACAAAUGUGUAUCUGUUGAUUUUAACGGUUUGGAUACAGUAGUUGCUGUCCAAAGUUGGUUGGUGGUAUUGGAUUUCUUUGGUAUGUCAGACUCCAAACCGCACCACGAGGAACCAACACAGGAUACCAAAGUGGCACCUUUGACUAACAGCGAAGUGGAGAUCUUUGUGCGUUCCUUGAACAUGAUCAUGAUCCGCAAAGAGGAAGAUCUUGCCAAGGUGUCUAUAUCUCAUGUAUCUUUCACCAUAACGAAGGACAGUUCUGUGAAAAUCAUCACAGGAACUUUAGGGUCUUUGAUAGUGAUGGAUUUAACACCUCAAGGGAGUAUGUAUAGGGAAAAAUUUGCAACGUGUGGCGAGGAAGCGAUGAAUUUUACAUAUUUAACAAAUGUGAAAACGUCGACAAGUUUGGGAAAGGACAAGAUAAAGGGACGUGAAGCUAAUUUGAAGGUGGAGAUGGCUUCUGUUAAGUAUGUGCAUACAAAACGUUUUGUUACUGAAUUGCAAAACUUCUUCCGACAUUUGUCAUUGCUGCAGAACGUCAUGGAGAAGGUGAGACAGAGGACAAAGAAUAAGCACAAUAAGUCUUUACACCAAGACCAAGACCUUCCAGAUGAUUCUGCGUCUAGGUUGCUCCUGGAUGUUAGGGUUUCUAGACCAGUUAUAGUGCUUCCAGCAGGAGGUGCUUCUAAAAGAUUUGUAGUGGCGGAUGCGGAGGCUCUGACAAUACAUAAUACGUUUAAAAUGGCUGUUCCUAGUGCUGAGACUCUGGAUGAAGGAGAAUUAGUAGAUUCAAUAUCAAUUCAGCUUGUACAAGCUGAUCUAUUUGAGGGAUCUCGAGACAACCAAAUUAUAGGAUCAUGUUCAAUGCAGAGACCUUCAUUGUUGGCUGGUAAACGCACAGUUGAUGUCACUGUCGAAAGGAAGGUGGACACAGCAAUUCAAAGAUUCAGUGUGUUACCAGAUUUGACUAUACAGUGCACAUUAUCAAAACUGGAUGCUAGUCUGGAUCUAGAUCAAUACAGUUUGGUUCGCGGUGUCUUGAAAUACAAUUUAGGAGAAAAUUUAGACGAUGUCGUACUGCCAGGUCAGUCUCAACCGAUUAGAACAGUGAGCUGUUUGAAGAUUUUAUUGCAUGAUGUUACAGUUGAUUUAAAUUUGAAACCGAAUAAACCAUUGGCUAAAGUUAAUUUUAUUAAGUCAAGACUGACUGUUGAUAGUUAUUCGGAUGAGACACAGGAUGUGGAUUUGGUAUCACAGGAAAUUUUAAUAGCAGACACCAGAUACAAGGAUGAACCAGUUAACAAGCGAAGAAAUGUUUUUUCCAACAUCUUGCAACCCAUAAGGUUUCAACAUGAUAGUAACCAAGUGCAACUUGAACUACACUCGCGAAUAAGAAAAAACAACUCCAAGUUUACAAUUCUAUUAAACAACAUGCGUCUAAUGGCAAUUUGGGACUGGUUGGAAAUAGCUCGGGACUAUCUGGGGCACUGUCAUGGAGACGAGAAGACUCCAGUCAAUGCAAACGACAAAAGUGUGACCAAGAAGAGUUUAAGUGGAGAUCCAAUGCUCAGGAAGACCAGUUUUAAAUCCAGUGAAGCAAAGAGACAACAGAAAAAUCAUAUGAAGAGACAAUCUCCUCAAGAUGAAUCGAAUACAAUAUUUGAAAUGAAGUUAAACAUCACUGAUUCUGAAUUGGUUGUUGUUGAGAAUGCUUCGUUGUGGGAAAGCAAUGCUGUUAUUUUAAAGAGUACAAGUGUGGUUUCCUACAGGCCAGGAUCACAAAGGCCUCUUUCAUUGAAUUUAAAUCGUCUGGAAUUAUUUUCUUGUGUUCUGGGAGCUGAAGAGGAAUCUGCUUUGUCUAUAAUAGAUCCUGUUACUGUUCAGAUUGAUCUUAGUCAAGAAGGGUUGCUUGAGGCACAAUUACAUACUUUAUGCAUUCGACUGUCAUACCAUGAUGUAUUAAUGUUCCAACGGAUAUUUAGUUCGUUGCCUCAACAAUUUAAAUCUGAGUCUGAUUCUAUUAAAAAUAAACAGAGUCCUCCUGCUAAUGCUAAAAGUAAAAUAGCAAAACUGACAGCCCUAGGGUUCUCCAAAACAGAAUGUGCAAAAGCUUUAGAACAAUGCGAUUAUUUAUUAGACGAUGCAGCUCUUUUACUAACAGCUCGUGCCCCGAGUGACAGAAAUUUCAGUCGUGAUCAAACUAUUGAUGCAGAUGAUGAAAAUAAAAAUACUUUUGAUGUCAAAGUCUUUGAGAUUAAAUCAGAUUGUGUCUCCUUGUGCAUCAUCGAUGACUGCAGGGACUCCGAUGUGCCUUUGUUAGAAUUUUCGUUGUCUGAGUUGUUCUUCAAGCACAAGUUGAAGAACGGUGAAAAGUCUGGUGAAUUGGAUGAGUUGCCAAAGCCUAUUCUUCCACCUCCAGUUGAAGCUACUAGCAAUGCUCUGGUGGCUUACAAUAGUGGAUUUGAUGACAACAAUGAGCAGUUUGGGACCCAGUUGUCUGCUAUUUUAUCUGGAGACUAUUAUAACAGAGCUCUUAGUGGUUGGGAGCCUUUUAUAGAACCAUGGAAUGAUGAGCUCAUUGUCAAAAUAUUGAGUUCUGAGAUGCUAAAUUUAAAUGUUACAAGCACACUUAUGGAUUUGUAUAAUAUGGUUCAUAAAAACUGGACUCAAGAUAUGCACGGUGAAGCUAAUGAUACAGGUAAGAACAACCCUCCUGGUUUCAAGCGAAGAUAUCCAUUUGUACCAUUUGCUUUAAAAAAUGAAACUGGCAACAAUUUGUGGUUCUAUACUUUGAUAACCAGUCCUGAUAGUCAUCUAACAAAAGCAACACCUCCACCGACUGAUCCAGGAUGGUGUUUAGUACGUCCAGGAGACACAGCGCCUCUUUCGUUCAUUCAGACAACUAUACCAGGUGUAUUUUCUAAACAAAGAGGUGGAACUAGACAUAAAGAACCGACUUUGCAUCAGACAUUUGCUCGAGUCCAAGGAUGGACACCUGUUGGACCUGUCUCAGUGGAUAAAGUCGGGGUUUAUUUUAGACAUGCUCAUGCCGAAUAUGAAACAAUGAAUUUGGAGAUGCCUAAAGCUCGAAUAGUGUUCUCAGUAACUCUUGAAGGAUCUGCACAAAAAUUAGUGACCGUCAGAUCAGCUUUACGUGUUGUCAAUAAUAUUGAUAGUCCAAUACAGUUACGAAUGGAAUAUUACAAUGGACAAUUUGGAAUUUUAAAUUGGCCACCAACAAAAGAAGAGAUUGUCCAACCUGGAUCAGUAUAUUCUGUUCCUCUCACCCAUGCUCAUAGCCACAUCAGAUUAAGACCUCUUGUCCAAGAUCCUAAUACAAAAGAAAAGAUCGAAAUCGAGAAAUAUAGUCGCGGUCCUAGACCUGCUAAUUUCAGACAUAAGCCUCCAGAUUUCCAAUUGUGUAAACAACCUUUGAUGUGGUGGCGAGUACAGAGAACUGGUGAAGUUGCACAGGAAUUACGAACUUGUUAUGACAAGGAUAAAGUUUAUAGGUUAGUUGCUUGUAUCAGACGUGACAACUACCCCAACACAACAUCAAUGACAACAUCAUCAGCAAAUAAUAUGACUACUGCAAUUGUGCAACCAGCACACACAAUAAGCAUUGCUCCAGUUGCUCUGCUCUGUAACCGGUUGCCCUGUGAUCUCAUUUAUAGAUUGGUAACACCCGGAGGAGGCAGUAGUAGUGGUCAAAGCAGCAAAAGUGGAAGAGUGCGUCCUGAAUCUAGAGCUCCACUCAUAGAAUAUUCAGUUCCAGGAGGUUCUCUUACAGGUUUAGGAGGUUCUAUGAGUUCUAGUACUUUAUCUGCUUCUUCAUUACAACAGACUUCGAUAGCUACUCAACGAGUGAGGCUGUUGGAUCAGGAAAAUAGACCUUUGCACUUGGAAGCUAGUGUAGCCGUUGGCAAAAAUGGAGGACUACAGGUGACAAUAUGGUGUCCUUUCUGGAUAGUAAACAGGGCAGGUUUGCCUGUGGUGGUAGCACAAGAAGGUGCAGGACGCGAAGCUGCUGGUCAAGGUGCGGAGCACGAAGCUGGACGUAUGGCAGCACCUCUUCUAUUUUCUUUAGCUGAUCAGGAUGCUGCUCCUGCUCUGGUAAUGCGUAGAGGAGGACGCGGAUGCCAAGAUGGAGGUACUCCUCAAUGGUGUAACCUCUUCCACCUCCAACCUGGCGUCCAAGUCCGCCGUCUGGUAACGGUGCAGCGCGACGGACGACCUGAUGCAGUUGCUCUAGUUGGCGUAGAAGUCCGCAGAAGGUUGAUCACUGCUGGUGGAGACCCUACAAGUGAUCGAACUACAGUUGUCACCAUCACACCGAGACAUAGGGUUAGAAACCGGAGCUAGCAGGUAGAGUUGUCUCAGAAGUGUUUUGCAACAACAGUGAGUGAUCCCGGGGCGUCAGCAACUCAUCAGCAUGCUCCACCAGGAAGUGAACAAGCCUUUCAUUGGCCGCGUCCUGAUCGAGAUCAACUUUUAUGUCUUAGGUUACCUGAUGUACAAGACUGUCUGUGGUCAGCUGGUUUAAGAGUUGAUCGGACACACUCUUUACAUGUUAAUAUCAGAGAUAGUUCAGGAGGUAUGCAUUUUGUUCGUGUCGAAGUUUUGCUGCAAGGAGCAACUUACUUUAUUGUUAUUGGAGACGCUCAAGAACUUCCUCCGCCGAUUCGAAUUGAUAAUUACUCACAAGUACCAAUCACGUUUUAUCAGUCUGGAUGUGCAGAACAAUGGCGUUCCAUAGCCAGACCAGGAACAGCUGUGGCAUAUGUUCCAGAUGAGCCCCCAUCCAAUGGAAACUCUUCUUCUAAUGGAGGCGGCGGAGCUUUGAUCUGCUUAGCAUCUCCUGGUGGACAAAGAGCGGUGUACGAUGUCAAUGAAUUAGGACCAGCUGGUGGUCUCGCUUAUGAAAAUUUUAUAUACAUUGCCUUUACUGGUACAUUUGAUGGAUGUAACGAGGCAACGGCUGUUCUCACAGCUGCUACAUCAAGUGGCGGCAGGUUGGUUUUAGCAAGAAAACAAGCUGGUGACAGGUCGCAGUUGUGGAGGAUGACGAGUUCUGGACAAUUGCAACAUGAGGGUAGUUCACCUCCUCGAGAUUUAGAUGGAGGUCUAUUGGACACAGGUGGUGGAAUGUUGAGGGGUUACUCAGAUAAAAUACUGGUUUUGGAUAUAGAAGGACCUGCUCCAAGACCAGCAAGGUAUGAACGUUUGGCUUUGAGAAGACCUGAUCCAAGAAGGAGAUCGACGCAAACAUGGAAAUUUGCACCAGAUGGUAGAUUAGUUUGUGCACAUAAUGGUGUUUGUGUACAAGCCAAGGAUGGAUUGUUUGGAUUGAGGCCAGGUGGUGAAGCAGUGUUAGGCCUGCAGCAACAUCGAGAAGGUGCCCUUGGUACUGAAGUGCCUCUUGAACAAGCAGUUGGAAGACAAAGAAUGAGACCAGGUUCAGGAUUUCUUUCAGUCACUGUUGUCACUGAUGGACCUACAAGGGUGUUGCAGAUACACGAUGUUAAAAUACCUGUAAGGAAUUAUUACUAGUUUAAAAUAGUAUUAAAAAAUUAAUAUUUUCAUCAUCAUUAUCUUUUCCACAGGGCCCAAUCAUCUCUGUCCAAUGAAGAAUCAGAGCUGUCAACCAGGUCUAGAGACAUCACUCUCUCUGUUCGACUCGAUGGAGGUUUGGGUGUGUCUUUGGUAACCAGGCCGUGUUCCACUUCGGCGCACAUUAGCAGCAAGGAGUGCGACGAUCAGGCCGAGUUGCUGUAUGCAUCUUUGCAUUCCAUUUCCUUGGACGCGCGGUUGGGCAAGACUGUUCGAAGGAUGGAUUUAAAGGUUGCGGAUGUGCAGAUUGAUAACCAGUUAUUAGAUGCCCCGUGUCCGGUGUUGUUGCAUUCGAGAAUUGCAGCAGAUCGAAAGACAGCAAUGCCUGCGAUACAUGCCUGCUGCGAAGUUUUACCCAGCCCUAAUCUUAAUGCUGUCAUAUUUAAGCAUCUUAUAGUCCAGCUCCGUCCCCUAUCAGUAUUUUUAGAAGAGCGUCUCUUGCUGCGUUUAGCUCUGUUCUUUGGUCUUUGCCCCAUUUCUAAUGGGGAUACUGCGAAGUCUCGUGGAAGCCCUUCGAGUGGCCACAGUAGAACAGCCUCUUGGGACGCUGCCGAUAGGGGUCCUGAUUUGGCUGCAAAUACAUCAAAUGCUAAACGGUACUACUUUGGGAUAUUGCAGAUCGUCCCCGGACAGAUUCGUUUAAGUAUGAUGACUUCGAGCAAGUUACCUCCGCAACUCCAAGCCGUCAAAAGACAUCUCGGUUUGACGUUGAUCAAGUUUGAAGAUGCUGCUAUUGAAUUGGAAGCUUUUUCAAGGAGACAUCCUUUUGAGACGAGUGAAUCUCUGGUGCAAAGUAUUAUUAAACAUUACAAGGAUGAGCUCAAGUGGCAAGCGGCGAACAUCCUGGGAAGCGUAGACUUUCUGGGCAACCCUCUAGGUUUUGUCAACGACGUUUCUGAAGGAGUCUCCGGUUUGUUCUCAGAAGGCAACAUCGCAGCGCUCGUCAAGAACGUCACACACGGGUUGUCCAACUCGGCAGCUAAAGUCACAGAGUCUUUGUCAGAUGGAAUCGGUCGUGUGAUCUUAGACGAGAGACACGAGGAAGCGCGCAGAAGAAUAAGAGGGGCUGUUGCUCCAUCUGGACAUCUUGCAGCAGGCUUGAGAGGCUUAGGAUUUGGUUUGUUAGGGGGAGUCACCAGUCUGGUGAAACAGACUUAUGAAGGAGCUGCUGCAGAAGGGGUUCAGGGUUUGUUUUCUGGUUUGGGUAAAGGUUUAGUCGGUACAGUAACCAAACCUAUUGUUGGAGUGCUAGAUUUAGCUUCAGAGACUGCGACAGCCGUACGAGACUCCAGUAGAAGUAGAGCUCUUCCAGAACGCACAAGGCUUCCACGUUGCGUGUCAAGUGGUCCAGGAGGGCUCUUACCAGCAUACAAUCCGAGACACGCCCUUGGACAACAGUAUCUGUUUGCAUUGAAUGAAAGAAACUUUGCUGAGUUGUUUAUAGGUUAUGAAUCGAUUCGUAGAGGCCCCCAGGAGGAUUUGAGAGUUCUGGUGUCUACAGAACGGGUUCGAGUGUUUACAGGGACGCCUCCUGAGAGGGCUAAUGUAGUAAUUGAAGUACAUUUAAGUGAUCUGGUGAACUGCAAGUACAUUAAAGCGGCGGAAUCCGACAGACAUCUGCAUUACAUCGAGUUAAAGGUGACAGUUAAUACAAGUCACACUUUACAUGGUGAUGUUGCAGUUAAAAGGCCAAGAGUUAGAUGUGAUAGUGAAGCUAUAGCUUUAUCAGUCAGUCGACAGAUCAAUUAUGCUAAAAGUAUUUAUGCUGAGAGAUUGCAAACAUUGAUUUCAUCAGAUGUCAGUUAAAGGAUCCAUGUAAGAUUCUCGCUUAACAAAAUGGCUGUUUUUUAUAUAUAAGGUUGUAA